GUGCUGAAGGCCAUACAAUAACACCCUGGGCUUCUUGCCCGCGAGACACCUGCGUCUCUGAAACAAGUACCAUCACCCUUCCCGUACCCAUUUUUCGACCCACCUUGCCUUCCUAGCCGCGCCGGCCAGCACAGCACGCAAAUUCAAGGAUAUGGCGGCCCCUACGAGCAGUAACCCACCCAGUGGGACCUCAAAACCUGCUGCUUCGCCCUCAGCGACUGCCUCUACGGCGUCGUCACUGCAUUCCAUGCCAGAUGCGACUGCUCUGUCCCCACCUGUUGUUCAUCAGUCCGGAGCGCAUGGAGUGCAAGCUGCCGCCGAAGCCCUUCUGAAGCCGAAAAAACCAACGAUGACGUCGCGUCUGAGCAGCAUGUUUGGCUCUAGCAAGGAGGCUGGAUCCAGACAGUCGAACGGAGACAUCGUCAAGGCUGCGAGGGUAGCCAACGGCGUCGACACUGCGAACGGCCGCCCGCCACCUGUGCGCCAGGGCUCGGUGUCGAAAGCUCCCAAAGAGCCCGCACCCUACAAGCGCUUCUGGACCAACGAGGAGAGCGGCCACGAGCACCACCUGAAGGUCGCCAAACGUCAAGAAAAGCUGUCCGACAUGUUCCAAAAUUUGAUGUUAGGCAAGAAGAAGGAGGACAACCCCGCCGACCAGCCCCUCAGUCUGAUGUCGAACUGGGUCGACGUCAUGCGCAACGAAAAGGAAAAGCUCGCCGAGGCGAAGAACUCCCCCAACAACCUGCCGCAGACAUUGGUGCAGAAGUACGGCAAAUGUCAAGAAGUCGUUGGGCGAGGAGCUUUCGGUAUCGUUCGUGUCGCACACAAGCAGGAUCCCAAGGACGCGAAGCGCGAGCAGCUCUACGCUGUGAAGGAGUUUAAGCAGCGACCUAACGAAUCUGCGAAGAAAUACCAGAAGCGCCUUACCUCCGAAUUCUGUAUAUCGUCUUCGAUGCAGCACCCCAACGUUAUCACCACCCUCGACCUCCUCCAGGACGAGAAGGGUGUCUACUGUGAGGUCAUGGAAUACUGUUCUGGAGGCGACCUGUACACUCUUGUACUGGCCGCUGGCCAGCUCGAGGUUGCUGAGGCCGACUGCUUCUUCAAGCAGUUGAUGCGCGGUGUCGAGUACAUGCACGAGAUGGGUGUUGCGCAUCGCGAUCUAAAGCCUGAGAAUCUCCUCCUGACCACCCAUGGUUCCAUAAAAAUCACCGACUUCGGCAAUGGCGAGUGCUUCAGGAUGGCCUGGGAGAAGGAAGCCCACAUGACCGCUGGCCUUUGCGGUUCGGCACCUUACAUUGCACCUGAGGAGUAUGUUGACAAGGAGUUCGAUCCUCGUGCUGUCGAUGUGUGGGCUUGCGGUAUCAUCUACAUGGCCAUGAGGACGGGUCGCCAUCUCUGGCGUGUCGCCCAAAAGGGCGAGGAUGAGUUCUUCGAUCGCUAUCUUGAGGACCGCAAAGAGGAAGAGGGUUACCGACCCAUCGAGGUCCUGCGAAGACGUCAAUGCCGUAACGUGAUCUACUCGAUCCUGGAUCCCAUCCCUGCACGACGUCUCACCGCGCACCAAGUUCUUGCCUCCGAAUGGGUUUCGGAGAUCAAGGUCUGCCAUGCAGGCAACGAAGGCUUCUAGAACAAGACUUCGUAGGCUGGCUUCGAUUCCUUUUAGACCACGCAGGCGUGCGACUGCCUCCAGCCAUGGCUACGGCUUUCGUUGGCGCUGGAAACGGAUGAUCAUUCGAUAUGCGACUCCAUUUGCUCAGGAUCCACCUUCGAGCACAGUCCUCCGUACUUUGAUCCUGGGUCGCU